AUGAGGGGCAUCCUGGUGCUCGCCCUGGUCGCGGCCGCUGCGUGCCUCGUGGCCGUCCGCGGCGCGGAGGGCGCGGGCGAGUGCGGGGUGACGCCGCCGGACAGGAUGGCGCUGAAGCUGGCGCCGUGCGCGUCAGCGGCGCAGAACCCCAACUCCGCGCCGUCCAGCUCCUGCUGCAACGCGGUGCACAGCAUCGGGAAGCAGAGCCCCAAGUGCCUCUGCGCCGUCAUGCUGUCCAAAACCGCCAAGAGCGCUGGGAUCAAGCCCGAGGUGGCCAUCACCAUCCCCAAGCGCUGCAACCUCGUCGACCGCCCCAUUGGCUACAAGUGCGGAGAUUACACUCUGCCAUGA